AACUCAAACUAUUUCCAACUACAACUGAGUGGCGUUGUUGCGCCGGCAGGAGAGGAAGAUGAGUGGGAGAGAGGGGCAGAAAAAGAUGGAAAAUGCGAACAAACACACCGAGAAACGAGAGCUUUAGAGCGCGCGGUGUUCGAGGGGUCACAUCCUGAUUUAAAUGCCCCGCUGGUGCACUGAUAUCUACCCUCAUUUACCCCGAGAAAACCCCCGUGUGCGCGAGGACAGCCGCCGGAUUUCCACUCACUUUUCUUGGCAUGCCUUUGGAUCUCAGUCUCGGCUGCUCUCCGCGCCUGUCUGCACGCGUUUGAACACACGGAGACACGGGCACGAGCGCUUCGGAAACACCGAUGGCGUUGUUUAAAUGCUCGCGGUUCCGCUGUCAGCUGCACGUCGCGUGAAAUCCGAAGGGGGGGAAAGUAAGAAAUCAAAUAAUUGCAGGAAGAUGGCGCCCACCAAGCCUAGCAUACAGCAAGACCCUUCCAGAAGAGAACGCGAGCCAUACUGGGAGAGGUCUGCUAAUGCCAGCUCCUGUUCUGCCACUAGGCCCAAGACACUCCACCUUGGAGGGCAACAACAUACCUCAUCACCAUGGUUGCAGGCUCUGAGGAAGGAGAAGUCACGUGAUGCCGCUCGCUCACGCCGGGGGAAGGAAAAUUUCGAGUUCUACGAGCUGGCAAAGAUGCUUCCCCUCCCCGGCGCUAUCACCAGCCAGCUGGAUAAGGCCUCUAUCAUCCGCCUCACCAUCAGCUACCUGAAGAUGAGGGAAUUCGCCAACCAGGGAGACCCGCCAUGGAACCUGCGCAUCGAAGGACCGCCACCCAACACCUCAGUCAAAGCUAUCGGGUCCCAGCGUAGGCGGAGCCCCAGCGUUGUUGCCUCGGAAAUCUUUGAGCCUCACCUUGGCAGCCACAUCCUGCAGUCCCUGGAUGGAUUUGUAUUUGCACUAAACAAGGAGGGGAGGUUUUUGUACAUUUCAGAGACGGUGUCCAUAUACCUUGGGCUUUCACAGGUAGAACUGACGGGCAGCAGUGUGUUUGACUAUGUUCAUCCGGGUGAUCACGUGGAGAUGGCCGAGCAGCUGGGCAUGAAGCUUCCGCCAGGGAGAGGACUGCUGUCUCAGGGUGCUGAGGACGGGGCCAGCUCUGCUUCCUCUUCCUCUCACUCUGAGACACCUGAGCCAGUGGAGUCGAGCAGCCCCAGUCUUCUGUCGCCGGAUAACACUCUAGAACGUUCCUUCUUCAUCCGCAUGAAGUCCACACUUACUAAAAGAGGCGUACACAUCAAGUCGUCCGGGUACAAGGUGAUCCACAUAACCGGCAGACUGAGGAUAAGAAUGGCAUUAACACACAGUCGUUCGGUACCCAAUCAGAUAAUGGGAAUGGUCGUGGUCGCCCACGCACUUCCUCCACCCACCAUCAACGAGGUUCGGAUCGACUGCCAGAUGUUUGUUACACGGGUCAAUAUGGAUCUCAACAUCAUCUACUGUGAAAAUAGAAUCAGCGACUACAUGGACCUGACACCUGUCGACAUCGUAGGGAAGAGAUGUUAUCACUUCAUUCACGCCGAGGACGUGGAAGGCAUUCGGCAAAGCCAUUUAGACUUGAUGAAUAAAGGUCAGUGUGUCACAAAGUAUUACCGCUGGAUUCAAAAGAACGGAGGUUAUAUCUGGAUCCAGUCUAGUGCCACCAUUGCAAUCAAUGCCAAGAAUGCCAACGAAAAGAACAUCAUCUGGGUCAACUAUGUUCUCAGUAAUCUUGAGUACAAAGACACACCAAUGGAUAUUGCACAGCUACCCAACCUGCCAGAGAAAGCGUCGGAGUCCUCAGAAACAUCCGAUUCGGAAUCAGACUCCAAGGAGCACUCUGAAGACAAUGAAAACUCCAAGUCAGAUGGCAAAGGGAACCAAUCAUCCGAGAACAGCGAGGACCCCGAGUCGGACAGUAAGAAACAGACAGGUCGGCCACCAGAGCAGGAGAUGAGACGACAGGAGGAAGGAGACAGUUCCAGCAAUCCAGAGGAUCAGGACAGUGAGGAUAGUCUGGAACCGUCCGACUGCGAAGCCGAACACAAAGAAGGACAUCUGGCACGGUUGGGUGGCCUACACAUAAAGGUAGAGCGCUAUGGUGAUGGGGAGAUAGCAGAACUGCAGGACUCGCACUCCUCUUCCUCCUCAGAGGAAGAUGAGGGGGAUGAAAUUGUGAAGGAUUGCAACAGCGGAGAAGAGCUGAGCAGGCCGGCAAUGAGUAAACACCAGAAAAGAAAGAAGAGGAGGAAAAAGCAGAAAUGGGAUGGGAGUUGCCAACGCCUACGUCUGUCUCCCUCAGCCGCUGUCUCUCCCAGCCCUGGCAGCCUGGACCCCACCCUCGGAGACCAGCCUCCCCUCCUGCUCCCACCCUCCCCAACCAGUGCCUCUGUGCUCAAGAUCAAGACCGAGAUGUCGGAGCCUAUAAACUUCGACAACGACAGCAGCAUCUGGAACUACCCACCUAACCGAGAGAUCUCCCGCAACGAGUCCCCCUACAGCAUGACAAAACCCCAUGAUACCUUCCCUUCCCCCCAGACUGCUGGCCUGCAGGUUUCCAUUCCUGACUCUGUCCUCACUCCACCUGGUGCCGAGGGUGGAGGAGGCAAUAGAAAGCCCAAUUUCAAUGGCAACAGUAGCAGUACCAACAGCAACACCCAGACCACUGUGUCCGGUGCAACUCUGGGAAGCCUGGCUCCUCCUUCCAGUUCCACCACCGCAGACCCCCUCUCCCCACCACUCUCUGCCUCACCGCGGGACAAGCAGCAGGGUACACCCACCUCCUCUAGUUCCCUGCUAUACUCUAGUGACCUAGAAGCCCUGCAGAGGUUACAAGCAGGCAACGUGGUGCUUCCAUUGGUGCAGAGAGUCACAGGCACACUUGCCGCCACCAGCACGGUGUCUCCGCGAGUCUACACCACUGGAACAAUACGAUACGCCCCAGCAGAUGUCAGCCUGGCCAUGCAGGGCAACCUCCUGCCUAACGCCCAUGCCGCUGUGAACUUUGUGGACGUCAACGGGCCAGGUUUCGGCAUAGACCCCAAGACACCCAUGGAGAUGCUGUACCAUCAUGUGCACCGGCUCAACAUGUCCACCCCGUUUGGGGGUGCGGUCAGCGGCGCUGGGCUCACACAGAUGCCAGCUGCCAAUGUCUUCACCACGGCAGAGGGACUCUUUUCCACGCUUCCAUUCCCUGUCUACAGCAACGGCAUCCACAAUACACAGACUCUGGAGCGCAAGGAGGAUUGAAGCAAAACAUUGAGACCAUAUUACUGUGUUCAACUGUGUUCAAAAGACACUCAUGAGGCAAAAGACUGUAUCAAAGUUGGAGAAAAGUGAGAUGUUCAGCACUUUGAAUUUUGAGCAAUUGAGCUUGUGUAUCUGAAAUGAAUGGUUUCUCUUCCUGUGACUUUCUAUCUCUUCUACUUGCUCUUUCUUCUCUCUCACAAGUUCUUGAUGACAGUUUCUCUAAACAGACUCAACUCUAUUGUAAAGAGUUCCUUCAGAGCCACAGGGAAUUCGUAGCACUGUAGCGUGUGUUUUCUCUGCGGUGAGAUAUAUGUCCUGAGUAUGUAACAUCCCCAUGAGGAUGUCUUAAAGGUAUUUGAAAAGAAGAUUAAUAAGAAAAGAAGCUGUUCAUGUUUCUAAUUGUAUCUUGAUGUGAUUGAGAUUGUUUCAGACAAAAGGAUGUUACCCUAUUUGAUGUUGUUCAGAAGGUUAUACUGUUCUUUCUAAAAGGGGAAUAGUGUUUUAGAAAUAAUGUUUCUUUGUUUUUUAGAGCUCAAACUUAACUUGCAAAUCAUGCAUUUAAAAAAAAAAAAAAGCAAUUUUAGCCGGGUAUCGACCUGUGAAUAGAAUGUUACUACAAAAUCCCAGGACAUGGAACAGGUCAGUGUGAGAUUUUUCCAGUUCCAUCUUCUGUUUGCAGAUCCAUGGUGCUAUCAUUGAGUUACACUCACUCAGCUGGCUGAUGUAGGUACCGUUCAGGAACUUCAGACAAAUGGCGGCUUGUGAGCUUUUCUACAGAAUAGUCAAACCUCUAACAGAUUUGUUUUGUUUUGGUUUUGAUUUUGGUUAAUCACCAUUGAGCGCAGGAGGGUACUUUUGCUCAAUCUAAUUGAGUCAGAAAAGGGAUAUAGAAAACUAUAAUUUUUUACAUUUAACAGAACAUUACUUUCUAUCUCUCAGUGCAACUGAGGCUAAUUUUGCAUCACUUGAAGAUGAAUGUUAAACAGGCUUUGGUCAAAGCUAUCCUUAAUUUUUUAGUGUUUUUUUUUUUUAAUUAUUAAUUUUAGUUUUCAACGUUUACGCUCCCUCUUUAGCUUACAAGCCUGGUGUCUUUCCCAAAAUCGAUUACCCUUCAACCCUUUACCCUUUACUCUCUCUGAAAAAUCACAUAUCAAGCGGAGAUUGUAAUAUGGACAUGCAUUUUCAAUCAAAAAAUGUUUUAAAAAUCCACAUGUUGCCAAAAAAUUUUGCUCUCACAGUUUGGUGUUAAAACACUGUGAUUUGAUGUUUAAAAAAAUGCUUAAGUAAUAAAACGGAAGAAAACUGUCACUUUAUCCUUUGGCAGCCGUCCAUCGAGUCAUCUAUUACGCAGUGUGAUAACCGUAAACUUGUACAAUGUGUAAGUGUCAUUGGCUGUCAGUCUCCAUAGCAACUUAAGUGUGUGUUACUAUAUGCAGUAUAUACUGAGCUAAUGUAGCUGUUUUGUCCUUUGUCCUCUCUGUGCUAGUCCGGGCUUGGACGAGGGAAACAUUUGUUUCUCGUCCGACCCCCUUGCAGUCUUAGUGAACCAGUGGAGGUUAGUGGAUUUUGUGUGGUGGCCUUUCCAAUGUAGUGUCACCUUUUUUGCUGCUUCCUUUUUGUAUGUAUUACUUUCUUAUGUUUCUGCUAUUGCUUUGCUGUCGUGUAGUCUACAGAUCUCUCUCUCUUCUUCUCAGAGAUAAAAGACUCUGAACUAGCUCAAAGGUUAAAGGAGCUUUUUUUUUUUUUUUUUUGUCACUGAGGAAUUCUGGGAUUGCAGUUUCCAGCUCCAAAAUAACGAGGAAUUAAAACAAACUGAAGUAGCAUUUACUAGACUGGAACCUUAAAAGCCUCAGAUGUGAAACAUUCCCAGAGUCCCUUGUGCUUCUCUUGUGCAUUGGGUGUAUUUCAUUGGUUUCCACCAAACCUGUUGACUUCAAGGACCCUGCAACUCACAGGAAAUAUUAAAAGAUAACGGUAGUAUUUCAGGACAAUAAACAGUUUUAAAGAUUUCUAAAGAGAUGAAAAAAAAAUAUUUCGCACUAUAAAAUCUAUUUUUAUAGGUGUUUUUGAAAUGCAUGUUUACUAAGUUGAUUGUUUGGUUUACUUGAUUUUGUUCGGUCCAACGGCUUUGUCGAUGUUUAGUGUUUUUUAGUCUGUCCAGCAAAGGGAAGAGGGAGCCUUUGUCUUUUUACCUGAAUCAGGCUUCCCCCCCCGACAUCAGGAAACUUGUGUCUGUGGUUUCUGUGAAGAUGUGUUGUUACUCAAACCCAGGUAAUGAUAUUAAUAUGUUUUUAAAAAUGAUAACGGGACUUGCUGUUGGAACGAUUGCAGGAGAGCUUGGCGUCACCGCUGCAGGUUAACAGGAUCCUAGAUUUUAGCAUUUUGUACGUAGAGCAGAGA